GAGAGGGGUGUCGGGGCUGCGCGCACGCGCGAUGCCUCGCUUCCGGGUCGGGGCGGAACGGCUGGUUGGUGUCUGUGCUGUCACAUGUCGGCUCCGUUCGAGGAGCGGAGCGGGGUGGUGCCCUGCGGGACGCCCUGGGGCCGCUGGUACCAGACCCUGGAGGAGGUGUUCAUCGAGGUGCAGGUGCCGCCGGGCACGCGGGCGAAGGAUGUGAGCUGCAGCCUGCAGAGCCGGCGCGUGGCGCUGUCCGUGUGCGGCCGGGAGGUGCUGCAGGGUAAACUUUUUGACUCUACGAUAGCUGAUGAAGGAACGUGGACUUUAGAAGACCGAAAACUGAUACGAAUUGUUCUGAUGAAGACUAAUCGAGAUGCUGGAAACUGCUGGACAUCUUUGUUAGAAAAUGAAUACGCUGCUGAUCCUUGGGUACAAGACCAGAUGCAAAGGAAACUUACGCUGGAGCGAUUCCAAAGAGAGAACCCUGGAUUUGACUUCAGCGGGGCAGAAAUUUCUGGAAAUUACAGUAAAGGAGGACCAGACUUCUCUAGCCUUGAAAAAUGAACUGUUUGCAACUGUGUUCCUUGGGAGCAAUCACAAAUUACACUGGAGGACUGGAAUAUGUAACUGGUGAAGACUUCAGUGAUCUAUCCAGCAGAUUGUUGGCAAGUAAUCACUUCAGUGAAGAGAAAGGAGGUCUCUUCUAGUAGAGUGAAGAGGAAGUGUUAGUAGCUACCUUGUAACAUUAACUUUCUAGUAACUUGCUAAUGGUAAAGGGAUUAAAUACAUAAACGUGUGUACACAGAAAAUAACAAAUGGAAGCAGAACAUAUCUUUUUCUCACGCCACAGUGAGCUAGUGAGAUAAAUGUGCCACUUAUCUAUGCAAGAAUAUCUUGUUCACUGUUGAAAAUGGAUCCUAUAAGCAAGAUACUUAAUGUUUUUAUUUAACAUGCAACAUGAAAGAAUAUCAGGAAGGCUAACUGAAAUUCUGCUGCAUAGCAGCCCGGUAAGAAUUUGUGAGUGUUAUUUUAAAAAAGUGGUUUAAAUAAAGAAAACUACUGGAUUUUGCCUGAAAUGAGGUUUUACAAUCCCCUGCACUGACAAAUAUAAUACUAGUGAGAAAUGCCUGCUACCAGUUAAGUGAUAGGAGAAAACUAAGAAGUCAGAUAGAAGUCUGGAUAUAAAUAAUUGUGUGAAUGUAAUAUAGUAAUAUAUGAAAUUUUGAAAGUAAGAGAAUAUAGCAACUUCUGAAAGGAGUAGUAAGUCCUUAAGUAGAAAAUAAUAUCUUUCAUCUAUUCCUUUCUGAUACACAGCACAAUGUUUUGUUUUGUUUUUACAAAUCUAAGAACAUGCAGCUGUAGAUUUUGGUAGGUAGUUUAAUAGUCACAUCUUAAACUUGGCUAUUUAAUGAUAUAAGACUUUGCAUUUGCCAAUUUCUUAUUUCUACCUGUUCUUAGAGACAGCUGAAAAGCCCUCCAACUGUGUUAUGCAGUGUCCUGUGUCAAAUUGACUAACAGGAAGAAAAUGUGAUUGCUGAAUCCUAUUGUAUUCUGAACACUGAAAAUACUGCCUACAGUUAGGACCUAAGCAGACAGCUCACUGGUGAUAAAUUGCCAGCUGUCCAUCGUAUUACUGAACAUUAUUUUUAACAUAGCAUCGAUAAUUUAGUUGGCGUAUGGCAAAAAUGAAACGAUAGCUGGAAGAGGGCUUUCUUGUACCAGCAAGCAAGCAAUUAGUUCUCAUAAAAUAACCAAGUAUUCUUCUUCUACCCAUGUAAUCCUUAGACGAAUAUAUAGUAGGUCCAAACACCAUGCUUGGGUUUUAGAAAAUUUGCCUUACUGUGCAAACCAAAGUACAGUUUGUUAUCAGAUGUAUCUUUACCACAGUCCUGGUUUAGAAGGUAGAUAGUGUAGCUAAGGAAUGAAUGAGACUGCUGCAAAUGGUAGAACUGAGAACAGAGAUAAUAAGUAACUGUUAAUGCUGCUUCAAAGUGCUGAAAUACUAUUCAGUGCAAGAGUAUUUUACUUUACAGCAGUUACAAUUGUUUACACAGGAAUGUUUUUUAUAUCUUAUGCUUACAGAAAUUCAGACUAGAAUCUGAUGCUUUUCUGCAUGAGCAGAUAGUUUUACUAUAUAUUCUUUCAAAGCUAAGUUUUCUCGUAUUUUCUUCUUCAUGAAGUGGUGUUUUGUGCUUUAUAAAGCAUGUGUUCAGCCAUUAUAGCUUGCAAUUGUUUUAGGAGGACACAUUUAAACUAUUUGGUUUGCUGCUUCUAUUGUCUGCUGUGAUUUAUUUCCUGAAUUGGAGUCCACUCAAUUUGCAGUUAAUACUUCACCAGAGGAUGGUUUGUAUUCCAUCUUGCUGGGAUUCCAUCCCUUGUUUCUUAAAUAAACCGUAAAAGAUG